AUGGCUAAGACUGUCAUUGCCCUCGACCUCUACGGGACGCUUCUCUCCACAGCAAGCAUAGCCAAGGAGCUGGCUUCUCAUUUCGGGCAAGACAAGGCUGCCUCGAUUGCUGCUGUGUGGAGAAAGUACCAACUUGAAUAUACGUGGAGAUUGAAUAGCAUGGGACGUUAUGAACAUUUCUCCGAAGUCACUCGCAAAUCUCUCCUUCAUGCUUUGGCGGAACAUGGCGAGUCCCUUUCCGACACCGAUACAGAUGAAAUCUUGGGAGCCUACGAUUCUCUGUCCACAUUCCCUGACGUCAACCCAGCGUUGAGUCGACUUGCAGAGAACACGGCCAUUGAAUGUGUUGUCUUCUCAAACGGCACCAAGUCUAUGGUAUCCAAUUCAGUCAACCGAUCUAGUGAUCUCAAUUCCUCAGUGUUCAAAGACAUGAUCACUGUGGACGCUGUGGAGGUUUUCAAACCCGCACCAGAGGUGUACAAAUAUCUCGCACAGAGGGUCGACAAGGUGGGCCAGGAGAGCUCCUUGUGGCUCGUGACCGCUAAUCCAUUCGACGUCACCGGAGCGAGAGCGGCAGGCAUCCAAGCCGCCUGGGUUGACCGAGCAGGGACUGGCUGGCAGGACAAACUCGGAGAGGGACCAACCGUGGUCGUAAGAAGUCUAGAGGAGGUAGCCGAUGCCGUGGAGAAGUACACGGUCAAUCCACAUGAAUAG